AUGAGCACCCAAAACUAUGAGGAGAUUGAAAGCAAUGCUUCUGCUACAAAUACAGCCUCUUAUGCGGAAAUGCAUUCUUACCAAGAAUCUGUCCCACUGAAGCUUCCGGUUAGACCACCGCCACCCAUGGCUUAUGGGGCAGGUCCACCUCCUGUGCCUCCACAGUACCAAACUUCUUAUGGGCCACCUGAUGCACAAUUCAGCCAAGGGUCAGACUUUCAGUCUCAGCAGGCCAUCUUCAUCACACCUUUGCAGCCUACCAAGGAGCCGGAUAACCUGAUCUAUUCCAUCUUCACCCUGAUGUGCUGCUUCCUUCCCCUGGGCAUUGCUGCCUUUGUUUUCUCUAUAAAGACACAAGAAGCGAACCGGAAUGGAAAUGCCACAGCUGCUCGGAAAAAUUCCAGACUGUCACGUAUGAUGGCCCACAUAGCAUUUGGGUCUGGGCUUGUAAUCUGGACUUUGUAUAUCACCAUACUGACAAUCCGUGCUAAGAAACACAGUGAGAUGAUAGACCUCAUUCUGGUCAACCUAUCAACAAGCAGUCCUUGA